UUAACCCGGUAAACGUCGCACCGUUCGUUAACCGAGUACAUAGAGGUAUUCAUACUCUUCGACUGCUCGCAGCCAAUUGGUGUCGACCCGACAACCAUGCGCAACCGUCAGCUCGGCGUGCUCGGCGCCGUCCUAUUCUUCGUCUUCUGCCUUUAUUCGCUCUCCCGGAUCCAGCCAGGCGGUCUUGUGCCGACAGCGCAACAGGGCCCUGCGGAUUCCCAGGCCGACAUCAGCAUCAGCGAGAUCAUCGCCGACUUCAGCAACCAGCACUUCGCAUCCACCAAACCAAAGCUGGCGCCCGGCGGGCCGCACCCGAUACGGCACCUCAUCGCUGAUGCGGAGCGCGAGUUCGAGGCCGUCAAGGCGCGCCAGUCGCGGACGCUGCGCGACGCCGUGGCCGAGUACCGACGGCGGUAUGGAUUGCCGCCGCCUCCGCACUUCGACAAGUGGUGGUCCUUCGCCAAGAGCAGGAAUGUGCAGCUUGUGGACGAGUUCGACACGAUACAUGAGCUGCUGACGCCCUUCUGGGGCCUGAAGCCGGCGACGAUCCGGGCGCGCGUGCGCGAGGUGCUUGGCUACGGCUUCGAGAACCAGCUCAUGGGCGUGCAGGUGCGCAAUGGCAAUGCGACGCACAUCUUCGGCGGCUUCGAUUGGAUACAGACCGCCCUGGUCUCCAUGAUGCAGAGCUUCGUCGAGUACCUGCCCGACAUGGACUUGGCCUUCAAUGCCAACGACGAGCCGCGCGUCGUGAUCCCACACGACGACAUGGCGCGCCUGGUGCACACGGCGAGGACGGUCGCCAUGCCGGCCGCCAACGCGGCCAAGUCCCUCAGGAACGGAUUCACCGCGAAACCCGCGGGGCUCAAUUACGACGGCCGCUUCGACGAGGUCAAGCAGACCCGCUUCAACAUGUUCCCCCACCAAGCCGUGUGGACGCACUCGCGCAUGUCGUGCCCGCCGGACGCGCCAGCGCGCAUCCUGGACGAAGCCGACCAGUUCGACGACAUCUCCAAGUACGCGGUCAGCGACCUCGGCUUCGUCUACAACUGGACGGCCAUGUCCGACAUCUGCCUGUCCCCUUCGCUCGCGUACACGUACGGCUUCUUCGACCGGCCCAACGCCUAUGGCGUGAUCCACGACCUGGUUCCCAUCUUUUCGCAGUCCAAGAUCUCGUCCUACGCCGACAUCCUCUACCCGUCGCCGUGGUACUGGGCCGACAAGGUGCCCUACGCCGAGGAGAACGACCCGGCCUGGCCCGACAAGCUCGACCGCCUGUACUGGCGCGGCUCCACGACGGGAGGCUUCUCCCGCAACGGCGGCUGGCGCCGCCAGCACCGCCAGCGCUUCGUGCAGAAGAUCAACGCCCCGGACACGGCCACCAUCCUUCUCCCGCCGCCCAGCAGCAGCUCGAGCAGCCCUUCUACCACUGACCCCAACAAGAACAACAACCCGGAUACCACCAACAAUAAUAACGACAACGCCAACACCAACAACAACGCCAUCUCCUCCCCGACCCAGCAACAAUGGACACCGCACCCGACGCCACGCGGGGCCUUCAAGUCCCUGAUCGACGUCGCCUUCUCGCACGUGGGGCAGUGCGACCCGGGCGACUGCGACGCGCAGCGGGCCUUCUUCACCGUGCGGGACUACGCGGACCAGGCGGACGUGCUGCGCAACCGGCACGUGCUGGACCUGGACGGCAACGCCUUCUCGGGCCGCUUCUACGCGCUGCUGCGCAGCCGCUCGCUCGUCUACAAGUGGGCCGUCUUCCGCGAGUGGCACGCCGCCUGGCUGCGCCCCUGGGUGCACUUCGUGCCGCUCAGCCUGCACGGCGGGGACUGGCUCGAGGCCGUGCGGUUCUUCGCUGGUGCUGGCGGCGGCGGUGGAAGUGGAAGUGGAAGUGGAAGUGAGGAUGAGGGAAAGGUCGGGGAGGUGAAAGCGGAAGGAAAGAAGAGCGGGGGUGAGAAGGGGGGGAAGAGAGAAAAGAAGGAGGGGAAGGAGGGAAAGGGGAAGAAGGUGAAGAGGGAGGAGACGGAGAAGGUGGGAAGGAGGGAACAACAACAAGAUGAAGAGGCGGCGGCGAACAAGAGGGAAAAGAAAACGGACGGAGAUGAUGGGCUCGGGAGGAAAGAGGCGGAACGGUUGGCGAUGCAGGGCCGCGAGUGGGCUCAAAAAGCCUUGCGGAACGAGGAUCUCGAGGCGUGGUUUUUCAGGUUACUGUUGGAAUACGGCCGCGUCAUUGACGACGACAGGGAGAACAUCGGAUACGCCCUCUGAGGACAGGAUAUGACGAAGCAUCUGGUCUGAUAUGUUCGCCAGACAGACGUUCUGGGUAUGUACUGUGCAUUUUGAAUACGCCAAAAUUUCCGGCCUCGUGUGUCUUUUGUUGUAGGGAGAGGCGGGACAGUUUUUGAUUUGGCUAGGGCAUACUAGGCGCCAACGGAAGAAGCAUGGGAGCGGGCGUUUUGCGGUCUGUUCUGGCCUUUAUGGCUUGGAUGAAGGCGUAUAUAUGGAUCGAUCAAUGGGUGUGAUCUCACUUGUUGCAUGC